AUGCUCCAACACAACAAUAAUCGUUCCGCUCAGCCAUUUCCUGAUGAUGCACCACAUCAGCAGCACAUCGGGAUUCCGUCCUCGUUGGGUUCCUCUGCAUCGGGAUCAUCCUCUCAUCCUCCUCCUCCACAACAAAAUCCUCCACCUUCUCAAAUCAGUCAAGCCUCGAAUCGAUCUCUCGUUUAUCAUGCCUCUCAACAAGAUCGGAGUAAAUAUAUAAUGGUUGCUGAUAUUGCUUCGGCAAAAAUAUUUGCAAAUAUUAUGCAAUGUAUAAAUCCUUCGGAUAUUAAAAAGAAGAGGGAACAAGCAUGGGCAAUUUGUGAAAUUGUGGAAGAAGGAAUUAAAUUUUAUAUUCAGGAUAGAACAUUUCAAGGAGUGGCUGCAAUGAAGAGUGGAAUAUUUCAGAAUUAUACAUUUUCUGCUCCGAAAGAUACAAAAUAUCAAUUCGAAAUUAAUGUUUCAGUUUUAAUUGAUUGUUUAAUUUUAUAUGGAGCAAAUGCAUCUCAGGGCACCAUUGUGAAGUUGUGUUAUCCUGGUGUGGACAACACACUUUCAUUGUUGUUAGGAGAAGAACGUGUCGUCACAGAUUGUAACAUUAAAAUUAGGAAAUGUGAGCUCGACCCAAUAGACUUUAAAUUUAGAGAGCACCCUAUCGGCACAAAAACAAUUUUGAAGAGCGAAAUUUUAACAGAUGCACUAGCUGAGAUUGAUUGGCUAUCAAAAACAAUUGAGAUUGGAGUUGAACUCGACGAAAAAACAGAGGAGAAUCAAGACGAGAGCCUUCAAAAAGGAAAACUCUUUUUCAAAACUUCAGAUAAUGUUAUUGGCUCCUUAGCGGUGUAUAUUGAUAGCUUAAACGAAGGAGUGCAAGCAUUCGAAUGUCAAGCCACUCAAGUAGGUCACUACAAGCUAAGUCACAUUCAACAAGCCAUGAAAGCACUAAAUCAUGCAGAAAAAGUGUGUAUUAGAAUGAACAAUCAAGGCACGCUCUCAAUGCAAUUUGCAAUUAGAGCGACUGAGCCUGUCACCUAUGUGGAAUAUCUGAUGUUGCCUGUGGACGCAGAAGUUGAGUUGGAAGACGAAGACAAUUCAUCCUUUCAAUAA